UCCCCUCCCCCCCCGAUGAGUGGCGCGCCGUGGCCCUCGUCGAAUGGCAGCCGGCUCGCCGACGGGCGCGGCGAGGCUUCCUCCGACGAGUGCAGCGAGAGGGGCGAGCUGGGCGCGCGGGAUGCCGCAGGGCACCGACGCGGCUUGCCCGGCGGCAGGCCGACGGCACUGCUGGCCGUGGCCGCGUGCCUCGGCUGCGUGCUCGCCGCGCAGGUGCUGCGCGGCUCCGGCCGGCGGGGCCUCGACCGCCCUGGGGCGGUCCAGCUGGAGACGGAGGUUCAGAAGACUGGAGCCUGAGCGGUGAGGGCAAGGGCUGCUCGAAUUGGAGAGAGAUCGCUCUGUCGGACUUCGUGCAGUUCGACCAGUCGUCGGCAGUCAAGGACUGUGGAGACCUGUGCAGGGAUACGUUCGGAUGCAUGGCCUUCGGCUUACAGCCAGUCGCCUGCGACGGCAAGGAGCAGGUUGCUGCUGGAGCUUGCUGUCUCUGGGGUGCGAAAUGCGAGCAGGAAGCGAACGAAUGCUGGAAUCAUUAUGAUAUGAAACACAACUAUACGCCAUUACCUUGGACACUUGCCAAACGAGGGACAGGCUGCGCAAACUACAUCCACAUCAAGAUGCAAGAAGCCGUAUGCAGCUGGGCCAAUGAGUGCGGCGAGAAGUGUAGCCAUUUGGAUGGUUGUACAGCGUUCAACUUUCAGCCCAAGACAUGCCCAGGCCCCGACUCGCAUGUGGAAGGCGCGUGCCAUUUGUUCAAUGGCUCGUGCGAUGAGGAGGACAAUCCAUGUUGGGACUACUAUACGAUGUCACCGACGCCACCUUCGGCACCAUCGCAACCUUCGAGGCCAACUUCGACGGCAACGAUUGUGCUUGCACAGUCCGCAUCGGCCGCCAGCGACGAGCUUGUUGUUGUUGUUGACAAUGACGAUGACCACGGGGAACCGUUGAAGCCGCUUAACAUCAUCGAGAUUCCGCUCACUUAG